AUGAGUAAUAUAUUUACAAGUGAAGACAGAAAACAAUAUAGUUUAUCAGAAUUAGAAAAAUAUAAUGGAAUUGAUGAUGAAUGUUUUGAAGGAAGUACUGACCUUGUUGAAAUCAAUAUACCAACAAGUAUAGAAUGGAUAGGAGAUAAUUGUUUUAAAGAAUGCACAAGAUUAACAUGUGUCAAUAUCCCAACAUCAGUUACAUCAAUAGGAAAUGGAUGUUUUAAAGGAUGUUCAUCAUUGGUAACAAUUAAUAUACCAACAUCAAUCAGUGAAAUAAAGUAUGAAUCUCUUAGUGGAUGUACAUCACUUGUAUAUUUUAAAAUCCCAAUUUCAAUUACAUCAAUAGGAAAUGGUUGUUUUAAGAACUGUUUCAAAUUAAAAAAAAUUAAUAUACCUACUUCAAUUAAAGAACUUGGAAAUGAAUGUUUUAGUGGAUGUUCGUCAUUAAGAAAUAUUGAAAUACCAACGUCUAUUAGCGUAAUACCAUAUUACUGUUUUAGUGGAUGUUCAUCAUUAACAUCAGUUAUUUUACCAACUUCAAUUACUAAAAUAGGAAAUAAUAUUUUUCAAAGAUGUAAUUCAUUAAAUUAUGUUGAUAUUCCAUCAUCAAUUAGUAAAAUGGAAUAUGAUUUUGAUUGGGGUAUAUCAUCAACAACAAUUAAUAUACCUACAACAGUUACUGAAAUACAAAGUAGAUGGUUUAAUGGAUUUAGAGCAUUAAUAACAGUAAAUCUACCAACAUCUGUAAGUAAAUUAGGAAAGUGUUUUUAUUAUUGUUUAUCAUUAAAAUCUAUUAAUAUUCCAACGUCAAUUAGUGAAUUAGAAGGUGAAUAUUUUUAUAAAUGUUCAUCAUUAACAUCUAUUACUAUUCCAACAUCUGUUAAAUAUAUCGGACAUGACUGUUUUUACUGUUGUAAAUCAUUAACAUCUAUUACUAUUCCAACAUCUGUUAGUGAAAUAGGAUAUGAAUGUUUUUAUGGAUGUGAAUCAUUAAUAUCAAUUAAUAUACCUUCAUCAAUUAGUAAAAUAGGAUAUAAAUGUUUUAAAGGAUGUUCAUCAUUAAAAUCAAUUAAUAUACCAUCAUCGAUUAGUGAAUUAGGAGAUGAUUUUUUUAAAGAUUGUUAUUCAUUAACAUCAGUUACUAUACCACCAUCAUUUACAUCAUUUGGGCGGUGUUUUAGCGAAUGUACAACAUUAAAAUCAAUUAAUAUACCAUCAUCAAUAAGUGAAAUAAACAGUAGUUAUUUUAGUGAAUUUACAUUGUUAACAUCUAUGAAUAUAGAUAAUUUACAAUUUGUUAGUCAAGAAAGAAUAUUUAUGAAUGAACCAGUGUUAAUUUGGAUUGAAAUACCGAGAAAUUUAAAAAUAAUCAAUGGAAAGAAUAUUGAAAAGAAAGAUAUUAAUGAAUUUAUUAUUCCAUCUUCAAUCACUAAAUUAGGAUAUCAUUGUUUUUAUAAAUGUUCAUCAUUAAAAUCAAUUAAUAUACCAUCUUCAAUUAGUGAAAUAGAAGGUGAAUGUUUUUAUGGAUGUCCAUCAUUAACAUUAAUUAAUAAAAUAGGAGAUGAAUGUUUUUAUGAUUGUUCAUCAUUACAAUCAAUUACUAUACCAUCAUCAAUUAGUGAAUUAGGAAAUUGUUGUUUUAAAGGAUGUUCAUCACUAAAAUCAAUUAAUAUACCAACAUCUGUUAGUAAAAUAGGAGAUGAAUGUUUUAUGUUUUGUAAAUCAUUGACAUCAAUUGAUAUACCAACAAGUGUUAGUAAAAUAGGAAGUGAAUGUUUUAUGUAUUGUAAAUCAUUAACAAUUGUUAAUAUUUCAAGAUUUGAUAUUGAAAUUGGAGACGAUUGUUUUUGGGGAUGUCCAGAUAAUUUAAAAAAGAAUAAAGUACUAAGAGAAAUUUAUUAUAAAGAUGGAUGUAUGAUUGUUUAA